UCUGUGUCCAAUGAUUUUAGCAAUGAUUUUAAGUUUAACUGAAAUAAAAUUCUCCAAACACGCCCUAGGACUUCCACGCCCUUAUUUGGCCCUUUUGGCUCAUUCGUCAUCCUUUACCCCUUCUCCACCCCCACACUACCCUUCCCUGUUUUCAAUAGAUAUCGCCAAAGACCCUUCUCCGCAUCCCGGACUCCCAGCCGGCCCACUCCGCCGGAAUUCGCGCUCCCUUCAACUACAUUCCGCCUCUCACUCUUCGAUAUUUUCUAUAAACCCUAUCCCUUUCACUUAAUAGCACUCUCGCCCACUUCAGUUUUCCUUCCUUUUUUUUUUUCUUUUCCUUCGAGAUAAUCGGGUUUCAGUGAGAAAUUAAAAGAAGAGAAAAAUGGGCGUCGAUUACUACAACACCCUGAAAAUCUCGCGAGACGCGUCAGAGGAGGACGUCAAGAGAUCGUACAAGAGGCUGGCGAUGAAAUGGCACCCCGACAAGAACGCGGUGAACAAGGAGGAGGCAGAGGCCAAGUUCAAGCAGAUAAGCGAGGCGUACGACGUGCUGGGAGACCCCAGGAAGAGGCGGAUCUACGAUUUGCACGGGGAGGAAGGGGUGAAGGCCGGCCUGUUCUCGAGGGAGAGGGAUGCAGCGGCAGGGUUGAGGGGUUUCGGGUUUGGAUUUGCCCCGAGGACGGCGGAGGAGGUAUUUGAGGAGUUUUUUGGUGGGUUCGAUUUCGUGAAGGAGCGGAGGAAUGGCGGUGACGCCGGGCUGAAAAAGGCGGCUCCGAUGGAGAGUCAGCUGCCGUGUAGCUUGGAGGAGCUGUACAAGGGGUCCAAGAGGAAGAUGAAGAUAUCGAGGAUUGUGCUCGAUGAAUCCGGUAAGCCUGGCACAGUUGAAGAGGUCUUGUCCAUACACAUAAAACCUGGCUGGAAAAAAGGUACAAAGAUUACUUUUCCCGAGAAAGGGAACCACGAGCCCGAUGCUGCCCCUGGGGACCUCAUUUUUGUUAUUGACGAAAAACCCCAUCCCGUUUUCAAGAGGGAUGGCAAUGACCUAAUUGUCUAUCAGAAAAUCUCGUUAUUGGAUGCUCUCACAGGAAAGAUUCUCAAUAUAGCUACCUUGGACGGUAGAGACAUACCUCUUACAUUAUCGGAUAUCGUGAAACCAGGUCAAGAAGUGGUGAUUGAAAAUGAGGGGAUGCCGAUUUCAAAAGAGCCCGGUAAAAAUGGGAACUUGAGGAUCAAGUUUGAUGUCAAGUUUCCAUCAAGACUUAGUGCAGAACAAAAGUUGGAAUUGAGGCGGGUAUUGGGCAGGUCAGCUGAGUAAUGCUGGGUUUAAUGAAAAUGGUAGGAUUUGUGGUUAAUUAAGUGUAUAUAGUUUUAACAUUUUGGACUGAAUGUUUUUGUGAAUAGUAGGAAAAAAGAACCUUUCUUUUGUGUUUUUUUUUUCUUCUUUUUGGAGCAUUUGGCAGUAUGUAGUUCUGACUUAACAGCUGAUUCAGCUGUGAAACAUAACAUCGGUUAUGUGGAAUGGAAUCUGUAAAUAAUAAUAAUGUCCUUUUUACUUUGGAAGAUGGAUUCCGAUUGUGUGCGUA